GGAAGGUUUAAUGAAACGAGGAGAACGCGGCGCACGCGGGCAGAGCGGUGAGAUGGCGUCCUGAGGGGAGGCUGAAGAGAGUGCGGCGCGAGCUCUCGUAAGCGGGUCAGAGGAGGGAGACUUCAGACGGACACCAGUGUGUAAUGUUCAGCGGCGUCGCAGAGAGAAGGCAGUGAAGCAAAUGGAGGAAGAGAAACCGAGCGCGCUCACUGACGUCAACGGGGGUAGUGGCGGUGGAAGUACAAGACCGGCAGCGAGCGAAGAAACAAGAUUCGGGGCUUCUCAAAAUGGCGAAGCUGAAGAAGAGGAGGCGGCAGUGGCGGGGGCGGAAAAAACUGGUUGCAAGAGGAGAAACAGCAGUGUGAACAGUGAUCCGCCCAACAGCGCAGUCAGAGGGGACAUCACCCCAACAGAAGAGCCCCCCAGAAAACGCUUUCAGAUCCCCAAGAAGAGCAGAGAAAAGAAAGCUCUUCAGCCAAUUAGUUCUGGCUCACGAGAUUUUGAGGAGAUAUUGAAAAUUCUACAUUCGUCUUACUUGGAUGCAAAUUCUAAGAUACAUUUUACAUACCAAACUGCUCGAAUCGUUCACAAUGAAUUCUUGGAAAAAGAGUUCACUGAGAAAAGAAGACAAUUGAAAUUUGAUGGUCGAUCAGAAAAAGAACUUGUCGAAUCUUAUGCUUUUCUUUUGGCUGAGGAAGAUCAGGUGAACAAUAUAAGUGAGAGAGGGUUACAAGUGGGAAACUCCAGAUUAACCACACUUGGCAAGCCCUCAAUGGGGGUUUACCUGUCUAAGUUUGCUGAUUUAUUGCGAGUCAAUCCUUUAGAAGGAGGAGCAACUGGAUGUAUUCUUAUAUUUAAAGUAAUAAAGGGGAAAAUGAAAGCCAUUUAUGAAAACUUUAGGAAUACUCAGGAGUCUUUUCUUGGCAAUUCUGUUCUGGAUCCAGCACCUAAACAUGAGUGUCAUGUAUUAAAGAACAUGAAUGCAGUUACAUCUUUGCUGUCCUACAGGGGAUUUGAACGCACUCAGUAUUAUUUUUAUGAGUAUGGAUUUGAUGAAAUUCUCAAGAGACCUCGACAUGUGUGUCCUUACGCUGUUGUGUCAUUUGGGUACAAGACCGAGCAGAAACCAAGACGACCAUCUUCACCUCUGCCAAGCAGGCCAGUGAACAUCAGUGUUGAUCAUUAUAACGACCGUAGCAGUUUUAUUUUAUGGAGGGGGCAGCUUUUAAGUAAAGGAAAACCUCUAUGCCAUGCUUCUUUGAAAUCUACAACAGGCCCAUUUUUUCCAUACAAACUGCCUGAUAAAAUCGAUUUGGACAUUGUCAUGAGACUGGAGCAGAUUAAAAAAAGAAUUCCACCAUUGCUGUUGUAUAAGGAGACCCACAGCAGGUCUAAGGAAGUUUUAAAAGGUGGAGUGUAUAGCCGUCUCUAUGAAGUGUCUAACAAGACCAAGACAGGAAAAGAAUUGCAGGGUUUAUUGCAUAAAUUGGAGAAAGAAAGACUGGCUUUGGUUAAGCCACUGGCUGAUGGGGGAUUCUUGCUGUUCUAUUUCCCGACUCCCCUGACAGCUUCCUAUGGUGCUCAAAGUAUGAAGCCGUAUCCACUGCAUGCGCUGUUUAUUUAUCCCGCUUCGAGGGAAACAUUACAGCAUGAAUCACAUUUUAAAGCCCCAUGCUUUCCCAUACCAGACCAUGAAAUUAUGCCUGAACUACCAACCUUUGUUUCUGCACUGCACUAUGCCAUUUUGAAGAGUCAGACUGACACCUCUGACAACUUUAACAUUGUUGUGGAGAAACAUGUGCGCUUAUAUUUGAAGCACCGAGCAGAAGGGUCUCAUACACACAAAGAUUUUGUUAUAAGAACAUAUGACCAAAGGUUGGAUUCGAGAAAAACCCUUUUUGUCGCGCCUAAAGAUCGAUCCCAUAUACAUCCUUCUUUAAAUAGUUAUCUUCAUGGGUCGGAAGCAUAUACUUUGCCUGUAAAAAGAGCACAAGAACUGAUUGUGGAAAAUCGAAAGGUUCAGCAGUUCAGUCCAGUAUCAGAUUAUGAACCCAUUGAGGAUGAUCAUGACCUCUCAACAAGCACGAGGAGAGAAGUUGUCAAUGACGGACUGUCUGAUCAUACAAAUUAUGAUCAGGACAGAAUAAAAGGCCUGAUUGACCUAAUAUACAUGAAAAAGAAUGCUUCUAAUAAUGCAGAAACCAGCAGUCACAACGACGUGGAUUCAGCACAUUCUGUUUCCACUUUAAUAUCUGCACUUGGUGGGCAAGAUACAGAUCUAAGAGAGGAGAGCACAGAAAUGGAACCAGAUGAUGCAGAUCCAGAAAAUUAUAAUGAACUGUUUGGACAAUCAUUAGAGGCUAGUAUUAAUAUAAUAAACACUAUCAACAAACUGUUUCCUGAUCAAAACCAAACUACUAAUGAGAUGGAUAAAACAGAGUUUUCGUUGGCACCAGACUCUGUUGCUAAUAUUUCCGCACAUUCUGAGCAAAGCAGUUAUGUACAAGAGCAAAGCGUGGAUCAACCGCCAUCAGAAACUGCUCCUCCUGUAAAUGAGGUCUUUGCUGAAAAGGAAGAUGUGAAUGAUGACUUAUUGGCAACUGAGGAAAUGAUCCAGGGACCAUAUUCAAGCUAUGCCAGUCCUUGUCCCAGCACACCUACAGAACAAGUUUACCCACAACAGAAUUCUAAUUCAAGCAGUAUGGAAUCUGAAAUGCACUGGAAAUUGAUCCCAAUUACAGGAGAGGAAGGAAGAAUACCAGAGGAUCAUAUUGGAAAUCUUAGAGAUGAAAAACCACAAGGAUUAAAUAUUGCUGAAGACCAGUCUGUGUACUCUUCGGCAAAAGAAGAUGUCCUUCCAAAUGAUCCAAGAGUUAACCAUACAAGACAAGGCAAGGGGUCUGGAUAUUCACCACUUGAAGAGUACAGGAAAGGCAGGAGACAUUCCUCUAGAAGUGAUAGAGGGUCUUGCAGAGAUAGCGGGAAGAAAGGACAUUUUAAAAGCAAACACUGUCAGGAUGGAUUGAUUGAGAAAACCGUGGUGGAGGUUUACAGCAAGUUUUCAGAACAGCUUCAGGAUAUUCUAAGAGAAAAAGAUAUUUCAUUUACGGCUGUUACGACACCCUCGCUGUCAUCAGAAGACAGAGUUGUCAAGCUUUCGGACUGGCUGUCUACCCAAGCCUCUGUAAUACCUGUGCAGCAAUAUGUUGAUGAGCUUCGUGUAAAGCUGGACAUUGUUGUAAAUUCUCGUACAAGACCUGCUGAUGUUAACAAUCCUACUGAUGGAACGAUGGGGGCCUUAGAGCAUGGACAGCAAGAGUGCAGUACUGACAAUUACACACAUGUUAAAACAGAGAUUUCACAGACGUUAAGUUCUGAAUUGGAUCAUAAUGGUUGCAUAGAGCAGGCUCCUUCCAGCAGUGCACAGGAUGCUCCACCACAUAGAAGUCCUGUUCCUCAUAUAGAUGAAUUGCCUCAUGCCUCACCGGAUAGCAUCCUUAACAAUCCAGAGAAAACACCCAGCUUGCCAGAUAUUUCAACGUCACAUACGGCUAUUAAAGAUUUAAUAAACCAAAUGAAUCCGGAAGUAUUCAACAAUUUGGUGAAGAUUUUCUCCCAAGUGAAUAAAAACAUAGUAAAAUUCUAUAUUCAUGCAAAACAGGAGGAAAGCACAAUAUGUGGUGAAAUCAAGGAUUACUUGACACAACUUGGCAAUGUGCAGUGUUACCCAGAACAGUAUGUGCUCAGUAGCGCAAUCUCUGAUAAACUACUAAUUAUUAUUCAGAAUGAAGAUAUUCCCCAUAGUAUUCAUACAAUCCCAUCCUUGACGGAAUUGAAGAAGCGCUCGUGCGUCAGUUUUGCUGGUGUGGACAGUUUAGAGGAUUUGAAAAACCAUACAUAUAAUGAACUUUUUGUGUCUGGUGGAUUAAUUGUACCUGAUGACACUCUGCUCAAUCCAGAUUCUGUCACUUCUGGUGACCUAAAAAAAUUCCUUCUGUUCCUCGAGCAAAUAAACAAUCCUGAAGAAAAGUGGCAAUUAAAAAUCCAUUGCAAAUUUCAGAAGAAACUGAAGGAGCUUGGAAGGACAAAACCAAAUGCACUGAAUAUUUUGUCUCUUCUCAACACAUACCAGAAGAAGCAUCUAGUUGAGAUUCUUUCUUACCAUAACUGCUGUGAUUCUCAGAGCCGACAAGCUCCGGAACUAGAAUGUUUAAUCAAGCUUCAGUCUGAGAACGUACAUCAGCGACACCUCAUAUUUCUGACAGAAAAAAACACAUCUUUGUUUGCUAAUUUUGCUGAAAAUGGGGUUGUGGUAACAAGAAUGGACGAGUUCAUGCAGGAUUUUACCAAUCUUAUUGGUCACCAUAAUUCCAGCAGUGAAGGAAUUUGCCUGCCCAAUCUGGUCAAUGAAGAAAAGCAGACAGCUCUCAUGGAAGCUGACGAGGAGGAGGAUAUGUCUCUAGACUCGGAGGAGGAAGUUCCAGAGAUUGAAGUAUGCAACAACUCUGCAAACCCUGAAACGGAAAGAAACAAAGUUGCAACCCAUUCUGAAACUGAGAGUUUAAAGCUCAGGUCUCCCAUCGUAGAUUCUGAUUGCAUGCAGCCAGUAACACCAGUCUCCACAGCUGGAUCAACGACGGGUGACAAUAGCAGCGCAACAGGAGAUGAGAUCUCCAACAAUUUCCGGGACUACACCAGCAGACAAUUAGGUAUUUCCCAUUUCAAUCUUCUCACACACCAGACUUUUCUUGGAUCGAGUGUAUACCCUUUGCUGGCUAACCAAACAUCAGGGGAAAGCUAUUUCACAAAUUCAUACAGUCAGUCAACGGAACAAGAGACCUCGGAACACACUGAAUGGGAUCAGAAGUGGAAUGUAAAAUAGAUAUUUUUUUUUUUCCUAUCUACUUGCUAUAUAAUGGAAGUAUUUAUAUACAAAUGACUCUUUGUAAGAUUUUUUUUGUUUCUUACACAAAGUAAAAUAACAUUUUAUUAUAUAUUGAGGGGAAAACCCAAUUUUCUCUGCCUCUUUUUGGAGUCCGUAUGUCAUGUAUAUUACACAUCAAGUAAAUAAAUUUUUUUAUGUAAA